AUGUCCGUGUUCGAUGGAGAGAUAGAAUUCCGUUCUGUGUACAUGGUUGACUAUGCCAGGAAAAAUAAACCCAAAAGUCCCCGUCGAAAGGCCAAAGAUGACGAUUGUCUCAUAGUUGGACUCAGCAGGGAUGCCCUCAAAGCCAAGGACGUCCCUAGAAGAUGUCCAGACGUACUCUGCCCGAUUGACCAUGAGUAUUAUAAGGAGGCCGUCAAACGAUUUGCAGAAGACUAUCCGAAGUUGACGAAGAUGUACAUGUCCAAAGAACUGGACCCCACGCCCAUUGAACAUGAAAUCCAGGACUUAAAGAGGACAGAGUAUUUGACCAAGUAUUGUUCGAGAGAACUACCGUUCAUGUCCGUGAAUUUGACUCGCCGCGCCCGAGCCCUACAAACCUUGCGUCUGCCUGACGACAUCGAGAUACCUGACACCACUCAGAAGGGCUCCUACCGUCCGCCCAGGCCGGAGAAAUACGCUGAACCGCCGUCCGCCAUGUCUCUGAGACCGAAAUAUGAUCCUUCAUUGACGCAACAACUUAGGCGCAUCCAGCGUAUAAGAACCGGCGACACCACUUACCAAGCGUGUCACAGCCUCCUCGCCAGGGUGAUUCUGGACCAGAAACCCUUUGGCCCGCCCCGGGAAGAACCUGGUUACGGCAGAUGGCUUAACCCCUAUACCUAUACUUACAGGAUCAAUUAAUAUCAAUUAAAUCAUAGUCCUCGCCUCUUUGGAUAGGAGCCCAG